AUGACUGGAUCUCAUAAUCCCCGAUCAUCGCGACAACAGCAGGUACGCAAGUUGCGGGAAAGCUGUACUAGCUGUGCUCACUCCAAGAUUCGCUGUACCAAGGAGAAGCCAAUUUGUGCUCGUUGUGCCGAGCGCGAUCUUCCAUGUCACUACACAGAGUCGAAGCGUAUGGGACGUAACCCUAGGUUGCCUAGCCCUAAUACUAUAGGAACCAUCGGUUUCAAUCAGAGAUAUGGGCAUCAUGGAAGUCACAACAAGAAACCAAACAGUGCUGGAUAUGUAAGGAAAUAUCCAAGCCAGCAUGAACGUCCCCACUCGCAGUUGCACACACAUAGCGGCAGUGAGAGUGUACCUUCUUCAAUCAGUCUGGAGGCGGGAGAAAUCUUGACGAACAACUUCACUACAGCUAUGGCGGUUUCUAGUGAUACCCAAGCUGUGGCCACAAAUGUCUGGAGCGAUUUCUGCCCUGGUCUCUCGACUGAGAUGGGCAUUUCUUCCCCUCAGAUCGGCUCCUACGAUGACUUUGAUGAAUUUUUUCGACAUUUCCCAAGGUACCAGACCAGCUUACCGGGCACUGGACUGCCCUCUACACCCAUCAACCUUCAGCUUACACCGAGCUUUAACCAAUGGGGCUUUUUAGAUCCUCCACGCUGCUGUUGCUUGGGUGUUGCCUUACAGACGUUGACAACUCUAUUAUCCGAUGCCUCCGAUGGAUGUUGUCGUCUAUCGGAAGCGAGGGAUUGUGGUGGAAUGAGUACAUUUAUGCCUACGCCUCCCAUCGACAAGCUUAUUGCGGGAAAUAGACGGGCAAUGGAGAUAGUUCAAGAGACUCUAGCCUGUGCAUGCUCACAGGACGAGUAUAUCGUCUCUAUCAUCACGCUCAUCAGUUGCAAGGUGCUUUCUUGGUAUUCUGCGGCAGGAGCAGCGACACUAUAUGAGCACAAAAUCACGUUUUCGAACGAGAGUGCCCUUCACUUACCUACUGGCGUAGGUCUUUACUAUCUCAGUGGGGAGGACCAGCGAUGUAUCGUCGCUCAACUAAUUCUGAGCGAACUACAUCGUGCACAGGCGGUGAUCGAUAGAUUGGUUACACGACUGGCGGAACUGCAGGGUGGGUCACAAGGUCUUUCGGGGAUGACUCGAUUAGGGGAAGACCUACGACAGCGAGUUUGGGCUGUUUCAUCUCAGCUUAUCGAUAUUCUUCAGCGGUAG